AGGCAGGAGGCGGGCGGGGCUAGGAUCUUUCUCCACAGAAUGUCUGCGAGUCAAGAGAGCCGAUCUAGAGACAAUGGCCCUGAAGGAAUGGACCCCGAUGGUGUCAUUGAGAGCAACUGGAAUGAAAUCGUUGACAGCUUUGAUGACAUGAACUUGUCAGAGUCACUUCUGCGAGGAAUCUAUGCUUAUGGUUUUGAGAAACCCUCUGCCAUCCAGCAGCGAGCCAUUCUCCCUUGUAUCAAGGGUUACGAUGUGAUCGCCCAAGCCCAGUCUGGAACUGGGAAAACGGCCACUUUUGCCAUCUCUAUCCUUCAGCAAAUUGAGCUCGAUCUGAAGGCCACCCAGGCCCUGGUGCUGGCCCCUACGAGAGAGCUGGCUCAGCAGAUCCAGAAAGUGGUGAUGGCUCUGGGUGACUAUAUGGGCGCAUCCUGCCAUGCCUGCAUAGGGGGAACGAAUGUCCGGGCUGAGGUCCAGAAACUCCAGAUGGAAGCCCCCCAUAUCAUUGUCGGGACUCCUGGUCGAGUGUUUGACAUGCUGAACCGGAGAUACCUCUCUCCCAAGUUCAUCAAGAUGUUUGUGCUGGAUGAAGCUGAUGAGAUGUUGAGCCGAGGGUUCAAGGACCAGAUCUAUGACAUAUUCCAGAAGCUGAGCGGGAACACGCAGGUGGUGCUCUUGUCGGCCACGAUGCCCAUGGAUGUCCUGGAGGUGACUAAGAAGUUCAUGAGAGACCCGAUCCGUAUCCUAGUGAAGAAGGAAGAGCUGACCCUGGAGGGCAUCCGGCAAUUCUACAUAAACGUGGAGAGGGAGGAGUGGAAACUGGACACCUUGUGUGACCUUUACGAGACCCUCACCAUCACCCAAGCUGUCAUCUUUAUUAACACCCGGAGGAAGGUGGACUGGCUUACCGAAAAGAUGCAUGCCCGGGACUUCACUGUUUCGGCCAUGCAUGGAGACAUGGACCAGAAGGAGCGCGAUGUGAUCAUGAGGGAAUUCCGAUCCGGCUCUAGCCGCGUCCUCAUCACCACAGACUUGCUGGCUCGUGGCAUCGAUGUGCAGCAGGUGUCCUUGGUCAUCAACUAUGACCUGCCCACUAACCGUGAGAACUACAUCCACAGGAUCGGUCGAGGUGGCCGUUUUGGAAGGAAAGGAGUCGCGAUCAACAUGGUGACGGAAGAGGACAAGCGCACACUGCGUGACAUUGAGACAUUCUACAACACCUCCAUCGAGGAGAUGCCGCUCAACGUGGCGGACCUCAUCUGAGUGUCUCCCGUUGGGGCCCAGUAGUGCCUGCAACAUCCAGCCCCCCCGAGGCACAAAAUCCCACCCACCUCCAUACCUGCCCUUUUCUAUUUUUUUUUUUUUUGAGUUUUCUUGCCUUUUGAAUAAAUGUCACUUUUUUGGAGGCAAAAUGAAAAUCUUCAGUGUUUACUGGUGCUUUUCUCUGUCUCAAUCUCUGCCCCUUCUACUUGUGUGACUUCAUUUUGUAAUUCAGUUGUCCAAAACGGCGCACCCCCCACCGGCCCCAGAUUGAGAGAGACCUCCCCCCCAGGUAUCAUUGGAAGUGAGGAGGGACGUGGACGGCAGAAGCUGAGAAUCCUUGGCUUCUCCCUGUCACUCCGUCCCCUCGUGUCCCCUCAAUGAUUUUGUAGUCUUUCAAAUUGAUCUUUCAUCAGAAUUGUGGUGCUAA